AUGACAAUAAUGGCAGUUUCUGUUGGCGAAAUUUGCGAGAAUACGAAGCUGGCACGAGAAAUGGCUCUGAUGGGGAAUUACGAAUCUGCACUGGUGUACUAUGAAGGAACGGUCCAGAUGAUCCACAGACUUCUGAUUACUAUUGCAGAUCCUACACGCAAAUCUAAGUGGCAAUUGGUACAAAAACAGAUGGCACGUGAAUACGAGCAGCUCAAAGCGACCGUGGCGACGCUACAGAUGUUCCAACAUGAAGGGGAAAAAGCCAUUACACCUCUGACCACCAACUACGAAGACUUGCCGACGCGAGACCAGAUGUGGGGCGCGGCACCGCACGAGAUCGACCCAGACAUUUGGCCGCCGCCACCAGACCGCGAUCCCAACGCCUGGCCACCGCCCACCAGCGUCGAGCAUAAAGGUCCGCCAGCAAUGAAAUCUGCCCGCAACAACCCUCGCAACAACCGCGACAACAAGAAACCAACCACCGCACAACGCAACGCCACCACCUCGCAACGCAAAACGUCCGACGUCAGGAACCCUAAGAUCAAUGCCAGUAAAGCUCAUAGUGCGAAAACAAAAGAAGUAAACAACAAAGAUCACAGCAGCGGGAAGGACAAACAGGACAGGGACAACAACAACGGCGACACUGACGACGAGCGGCAUAAAGAAGAGGAGCGCAGGUUCGAACCUCCGUCCGCUGCCGACGGCGACCUCGUCGAUAUGCUCGAAAGAGAUAUAGUACAAAAGAAUCCAAACAUCAGAUGGGACGACAUCGCAGACCUGACGGAAGCCAAACGACUGUUGGAAGAAGCAGUCGUCUUGCCCAUGUGGAUGCCGGAUUUCUUCAAGGGCAUCCGUCGCCCGUGGAAGGGCGUGCUGAUGGUGGGUCCGCCGGGCACGGGCAAGACCAUGCUGGCCAAGGCGGUGGCCACCGAGUGCGGCACCACCUUCUUCAACGUGUCCUCCUCCACUCUCACUUCCAAGUACCGCGGCGAGUCCGAGAAGCUCGUGCGUCUGCUAUUCGAGAUGGCGCGGUUCUACGCGCCGAGUACCAUCUUCAUCGACGAGAUCGACUCGCUGUGCUCGCGGCGCGGCUCCGACAGCGAGCACGAAGCUUCGCGCCGCGUCAAGUCCGAGCUGCUCGUGCAGAUGGACGGACUCGGCUCUGCCACCGACGAGCCCGCCAAGGUAGUAAUGGUAUUAGCUGCAACGAAUUUCCCGUGGGACAUAGACGAGGCGCUGCGGAGAAGGCUUGAGAAGCGAAUCUACAUACCUCUACCGACACAGGAGGGACGUGAGGCACUCUUACAGAUCAACUUACGUGAGGUCAAAGUCGACCCUGAGGUCGAUCUACGAGCAAUCGCGAAAAAACUCGACGGUUACUCCGGCGCUGAUAUUACUAACGUUUGUCGGUGA